UUUUUUGAAUAAUAUUUCUGUGCUUUAAUAAUUGGUACUUGGUAUCUUGCAGAAACAUUUUGAUGAUAACCAACCUCUAGGUCAUAAUUUCGAAGGCUCUGCUUCAACUGUGUACAACAAUGCUUUUAAUAACUCAGAUAUGGAACAGUUGGAUUUUCAUCCAUUCAGUUUAAAUCAAGAUAUGAAUCACAACCAAGUUGGUCACAACUCUGAUUUGAAUGGUCAAGUGGAUUUAUAUCAGGACCUCGGGCAUAACACAGAAAUUAAACACUCAGAAUCAAAUCAAUUUAGCAUAGAAGGUUUUGAUUGUAGCCAAUUCUUUGGAGCUGAGGAUACUGUGCAUCAUGGAAAAAACAUUAUACCUAACAUUCUUCCAAAUAUCUGCCCUCCACCAUCUGCUUUCUUAGCUCCAAAAUGUGCCCUGUGGGACUGUUUCAGACCCGCUCAAGGGGUAGAAUGGUGCAGGAACUACUGUAGCAGUUGUCAUGAGCUGUUGGCAAAUAAUGAAGGUCUUCCUGGCAUGACUCCAAUUUUACGACCAGGGGGCAUUGGUGUAAAAGAUGGUCCUUUGUUUGCUGCUGUUCUUGCGAAGACCCAGGGAAAGGAAGUGGGCAUCCCCAGUUGUGAAGGCGCCGCAUCAACUAAAUCUCCCUGGAAUGCUCCAGAGUUCUUUGAUCUUUCUUUUCUUGAGGGUGAAGCUAUUAGGGAGUGGCUAUUCUUUGACAAGCCUAGAAGGGCAUUUGAAAGUGGAAACAGAAAACAAAGAUCACUUCCAGAUUACAGCGGACGCGGUUGGCAUGAGUCAAGGAAGCAGGUGAUGAAAGAACAUGGAGGACAAAAGAGGUCCUAUUACAUGGACCCCCAGCCUCUUAGUUAUCUGGAGUGGCAUUUGUACGAGUAUGAGAUCAACAACCACGAUGGUUGUGCAUUAUACAGACUAGAAUUAAAGCUUGUUGAGAAAAAGAAAAGUCCUAAAGGAAAAGUGACCAAGGAAUCUCUUAAUGAUUUACAGAACAAGAUGGGACAGCUUACUGCUGCUGUUCUAUCAUCUGAUGAUGGAAUACCCAUCAAGGGAAAAACAAAUGCCAAGUCUGAGAAUGAUGGAUCUCCAGAAAAUUAAAUCAAUACUCAAUCUGGUGAUUUUACCAUAUGACUGACAAACUUGUACAUAUUUGAGGAUAUAUCAUAGCAUGUGAAAGUUUCUUACUUUCCUUCAACAAGGUAAAAGGCAAAUGGAAUUCUCUUUUGGUAGAAUGAGCUCACACUCUUGUGCUGAAUUUGUCGUUAAUUAUACUUUUGAUAUUGGCGUUAUUUGAAGUCUACUCAUAAGAAAUUCGUUAUGUGCUUCAUAGAUUAGAAGUUAGAUCUAUGUUGUUAGGAAGACUCUGCAUACUUUCUGAUGGGUCAGUGUAAGACUCUGCAAAUUUCUGACAUAUUCAUAAACUAAUUAGCAUUUAUUUGGUUGUAAAUGUUCUCUAAUUUAUGGAUUAUUUUCAACGUAUAUAAGUAGUACAAUGCUGCAAUUCCAUGAGGGAAUGCAAACUAGAGUGGGGAAAAUUUAUUGAAAUGGUGAAAUUUUCAAUGUUGUUUUCGAAGAAAAUGAGCUAAAUAUAA